AUGGCCGACUACGAUGACGCCUACGAGGACGAGUUCUACGAUGAUGGCGAUGAGGGAAUCACAUCCGAAGACUGCUGGACAGUGAUCUCUUCUUUUUUCGACACGAAGGGUCUCGUGUCUCAGCAGCUGGACUCCUUCGAUGAGUUCAUUUCAUCGACUAUGCAGGAAUUAGUGGAGGAACAAGGACAAGUGGUUCUCGACCAGACCCUCCCGCCGUCCGAAGAUGAAGUCGACCCCGUGGUCGUCCGUCGUUACGAGCUCAAAUUUGGUACUGUCAUGCUUUCCCGACCCUCCGUCACUGAAGGCGACGGAGCGACUACGAUCAUGUUGCCACAAGAAGCCCGUCUGCGAAACCUUACCUAUGCGAGCCCGCUGUACCUGGGUAUCACGAAAAAGAUUAUGGAAGGCAGGGAACGUCAAGUGGCUGAUCCAGAUGAUGACGAGGCUGGUGAGGUUGAUGAGGACCGAAAGAACCGUGGAGCAUACCUUCAAUGGGAGCAGAAAGAAUUUGCGCCAGAGCAGAUGAAGGAGGAAACGGUAUUCAUUGGCAAGAUGCCCAUCAUGCUCAAGUCCAAGUACUGUAUUCUGAAGGACCUGAAUGAGCAAUCACUUUAUGCCUGGAAUGAAUGCCCGUACGAUUCUGGCGGUUACUUCAUCAUCAACGGCAGUGAAAAAGUUCUCAUUGCGCAAGAGCGAAGUGCUGGAAACAUUGUGCAGGUCUUCAAGAAGGCCGCUCCAACCAAAACACCUUAUGUUGCGGAAAUUCGCAGUGCCGUAGAGAAAGGAUCGCGUCUUCUUUCCCAGCUCUCAAUCGGUCUUUUUGCCAAGGGUGACAGUGCCAAGGGCGGAUUCGGCCCUACCAUUCGUUCCACCCUCCCAUACGUCAAGACCGAAAUUCCGAUUGUUGUUGUCUUCCGUGCCCUAGGCGUUGUGUCUGAUGAGGAUAUUCUCAACCACAUUUGCUAUGACCGCAAUGAUACCCCCAUGUUAGAGAUGCUGAAGCCGUGUAUUGAGGAGGGCUUUGUUAUUCAGGACCGAGAGGUUGCUCUCGAUUUCAUCGCCAAGCGUGGUUCUUCGCAGGCCAACCUCAACCAUGAGCGACGUGUGCGUUAUGCACGCGAAAUUAUGCAGAAAGAACUGUUACCGCAUAUUUCGCAAACCGAGGGCAGUGAAACUCGAAAAGCCUUUUUCCUGGGUUACAUGGUGCACCGACUGCUGCAAUGUGCUCUUGGCCGCCGCGAUGUUGACGACCGUGAUCACUUCGGAAAGAAGCGUUUGGACUUGGCUGGGCCCCUUCUUGCCAACCUUUUCCGUGUUCUUUUCACUCGUGUCACCCGUGACCUGCAGCGCUACGUGCAACAGCGUGUUGAGUCUAAUAACGAAAUUUAUCUCAAUGUUGGCCUCAAGUCCAUCACCCUGACUGGUGGUCUGAAGUAUGCCUUGGCAACGGGUAACUGGGGUGAACAGAAGAAGGCCGCUAGCGCCAAGGCUGGUGUGUCUCAAGUGCUCAGUCGUUAUACCUAUGCCUCUACCUUAUCUCACUUGCGCCGUACCAAUACGCCCAUUGGCCGAGAUGGCAAGAUUGCCAAGCCGCGCCAACUUCAUAAUACUCACUGGGGCCUGGUGUGUCCUGCUGAAACUCCUGAAGGUCAAGCUUGUGGUCUCGUCAAGAAUUUGGCACUCAUGUGCUAUAUUACUGUCGGUACACCCAGUGAGCCCAUCAUCGAUUUCAUGAUCAACCGCAACAUGGAAGUCCUCGAAGAAUUUGAGCCUCAAGUCACACCGAAUGCUACCAAGGUGUUUGUGAACGGUGUCUGGGUUGGUAUCCACCGUGAUCCUUCCCACCUCGUCAGCACCAUGCAAUCUUUGCGUCGACGAAACCUGAUUUCUCCUGAGGUCAGUCUGAUUCGUGAUAUUCGUGAGCGAGAAUUCAAGAUUUUCACCGACGCCGGACGAGUGUGUCGCCCCUUGUUCGUGGUGGAUAAUGAUCCUAAGAGCCGGAAUGCUGGAUCAUUGGUUCUCAACAAGGACCACAUUCGCAGUCUAGAACAAGACAAGGAUUUGCCGCCAGACCUAGACCCAGAAGAACGCCGGGAACGCUAUUUCGGAUGGGAAGGACUGGUGAGAUCAGGAGCUGUGGAAAUUGUGGAUGCGGAGGAAGAGGAAACGAUUAUGAUUGUGAUGACACCCGAAGACUUGGAAAUCUCCAAGCAACUUCAAGCUGGCUAUGCGCUGCCAGAGGAGGAGACCAAUGAUCCCAACAAGCGAGUCCGCUCCAUUCUGAGCCAACGGGCACACACCUGGACGCACUGCGAAAUUCACCCAAGUAUGAUUCUGGGUGUUUGUGCCAGUAUCAUUCCCUUCCCAGAUCACAACCAGUCACCUCGUAACACAUAUCAGUCUGCAAUGGGUAAACAGGCUAUGGGAGUGUUCUUGACCAACUUCGCACAGCGUAUGGAGACUAUGGCAAACAUUCUUUACUACCCUCAGAAGCCCCUGGCCACUACCCGGUCGAUGGAGUUCUUGCGUUUCCGUGAACUCCCUGCUGGUCAAAACGCAAUUGUCGCAAUCGCUUGUUACUCUGGUUACAACCAAGAAGAUUCCGUCAUUAUGAACCAAAGCAGCAUCGAUCGUGGCUUGUUCCGCAGUCUUUUCUAUCGUACAUAUACAGACUCUGAGAAAAAGGUGGGCUUGACAGUCGUUGAGCGAUUUGAGAAGCCCAUGCGGUCCGACACCAUUGGUAUGCGAAAGGGCACCUACGAAAAGAUUGACGCAGAUGGUAUCGUGGCUCCGGGUGUUCGCGUCUCCGGAGAAGACAUCAUUAUCGGCAAGACCGCUCCUUUGGCACCCGAUGCCGAGGAACUAGGACAGCGCACCAAGGCUCACACCAAGGUUGAUGUCUCAACCCCUCUGCGAAGCACGGAGAAUGGUAUUGUGGACCAAGUGUUGAUUUCCACUGGCAGUGAUGACCUCAAAUUCGUCAAGGUCCGCAUGCGUACCACCAAGGUUCCCCAGAUUGGCGAUAAAUUCGCGUCUCGUCACGGACAGAAGGGUACCAUUGGUAUCACUUACCGACAAGAGGACAUGCCCUUCACUCGGGAAGGUGUUGUGCCUGACCUGAUCAUUAACCCGCACGCAAUUCCGUCUCGUAUGACUAUUGCCCAUUUGAUCGAGUGUCAGCUUAGUAAAGUGUCGGCACUCCGUGGCUUCGAAGGUGAUGCUACCCCCUUCACCGACGUGACUGUUGACUCAGUCUCCCGACUGCUGCGUGAACACGGCUACCAGUCUCGUGGAUUCGAGGUCAUGUACAAUGGCCACACCGGCCGCAAGCUGGUGGCGCAGGUAUUCUUGGGCCCAACGUAUUACCAGCGUUUGCGUCACAUGGUCGACGACAAGAUCCACGCCCGUGCCCGUGGACCAACUCAGAUUCUGACCCGUCAACCUGUGGAAGGUCGUGCUCGUGAUGGUGGUCUGCGAUUCGGAGAGAUGGAGCGCGAUUGUAUGAUCGCCCACGGUGCCAGUGCUUUCUUAAAGGAGCGUCUGUUCGACGUAUCUGACCCUUUCCGUGUCCAUAUUUGCGACGACUGUGGCUUAAUGACCCCGAUUGCCAAACUCAAGAAGGGUCUCUUCGAGUGCCGCCUGUGCAAUAACAAGCAUCGCAUCUCACAAGUCCACAUCCCCUACGCCGCCAAGCUUCUGUUCCAAGAGCUGGCCUCGAUGAACAUUGCCGCUCGGAUGUUUACCAACCGUUCCGGCGUCUCGGUGCGGUAA